AUGCUGCUUAUCCGGUACACCUGCCUCCUUUGGCUGUACACCAGUGGUUUCUGGGGCACCCGGGCAGAGGACCCCAGCCUUGACGUAGAUGUGAGAAGCCCUCACCGUGGCCUGGCCCCAGCCAAUGUCGACUUUGCCUUUAGCCUGUAUAAGCACCUGGUGGCCUCAGCUCCUGGCAGGAAUGUCUUCAUCUCUCCCGUGAGCAUCUCCAUGGCCUUGGCCAUGAUGUCCCUGGGCGCCAGUGGCUUCACACGGACCCAGCUCCUCCAGGGCCUAGGCUUCAACCUCACUGAGACUCCUGAGGCCGAGAUCCACCAGGGCUUCCAGCACCUCCACCGUCUCCUAAGAGAGUCAGACACCAGCUUGGAAAUGACUCUGGGCAAUGCCUUGUUCCUCGACCACCGCCUGGAGCUGCUGGAGUCCUUCUCAGCAGACAUCAAGCACUACUAUGGGUCAGAGGCCUUGGCCACAGAUUUCCAGGACUGGGUUCGAGCCAGCAGACAGAUGAAUGAGUACGUCAAGAAUAAGACGCAGGGGAAGGUUGUGGAUUUAUUUCCGGAGCUGGACAGCCCAGUCUCCCUCAUCCUGGUCAACUACGUCUUCUUGAAAGGCACAUGGGUUCAACCCUUCGACCCGGAGAGCACCUCAGAGGAGGACUUCCAUGUGAGCGAGACAGCCACAGUGAAGGUGCCAAUGAUGUUCCAGUGGGACACCAUCAAGUACCUUAAUGACUCAGUGCUUCCCUGCCAGCUAGUUCAGCUGGACUACACAGGCAACGGGACCGUCUUCUUCAUUCUUCCAGAUGAGGGGGAGAUGGACACAGUCAUCUCUGCACUGAGCCGGGACACGAUUCAGAGGUGGUCCGACUCCCUGAGCUUGGGCCAGUUGCACCUGUACAUCCCAAAGGUCUCCAUCUCUGGAGUGUAUGACCUCAGGGGCGUUCUGGGGGACAUGGGCAUGACAGAUCUGUUCACCAACCAGGCAAACUUCUCAGGCAUCGCCCAUGAGGCCCAGCUGAGGGUGUCGAAGGUGGUCCACAAGGCCGUGCUGCACCUGGACGAGACGGGAGUGAAGGCAGCCAUCGCCCCUGGGGGAGGCCUAAAGCUGAUGACCUUGAUGGCCAAGCCUCACAGCAUCAAAUUCAACCGGCCCUUCAUCAUCACCAUCUUCGACCACUUCACGUGGAGCAGCAUUUUCCUGGGCAAGGUUGUGAGCCCAACCUGAGGGUACGCCUGUCCGGAGAGCCGGCACCAUCUGACUUGGGGUACCAGGGACCCCACGGAAAUGUUCUGGGGAGUGGGAGAUGUCUCCCAUCUUCUCCAGGUUCUCCUUUAUCUAACCAGGGUCAUUUUUACCUUUUAAACUUCUUGUAAUAAA